AUGGAAGAACAGGGGAGAGUUGCAUGCUUGAUUGAAUCCAAUGAUCAAUUCUUUUUCGGCCCUUUCAUACAUGAUUUCACCCCAUUUACUGGAGGAUAUCGGCAAAUUGCCGACGUCCAGUCCCAUCUGGAGUGUCCGCGGCUUUACACUUUGUUUGGAAGCCUCGACGAGUACGAGGCCAGGGAGAUUGUCGCCCGCUACGACGACGGGCUCGAGGAGAGACUGCUUUCCAAGCGUGACUUUACCUGCCCUGACUGCGGCCAGAGCUUCGUCCUGAUCGGAGAGUUCACGGAGCACCGGGCUGCGCACAGGGGCGACGGCAAGAACAUGAAGAACCCUGCCGCCGCAGGCAAGAAGGCGGCCCCAGCUAAGAAGGUCCCAGCCAAGAAGGGUCGCAAGUAA